AUGACCGAUUUGAAAACAAUUCGUCUUUACAUUGAUAUUGGACCAUUGUUCAUCACAAUUGGAGCAUACGACGUGGCUUUAGAUUUGGUUGAGGCAUUUUUGAAUUUGGCUAAUUUUGAGGAUCUUUAUAGUGAGAAGAUUCAAUUGGUACGUCGUUUUUGUUUUAUUCUUCAAUGAACCAAUGAAAUAAACUUUCAGUACCGUGGAUCAGAGCAAGUAGAAAUAUCAAAAACAUCAGAAAAUUUGAUUGAUGUGAAAAAAACGAUUGGAGAUUUGCGCGAAAAUCGUAAUAUCACCACACAUUGUUUUGAAAAAUGGCUGGAAAUCUCGAAACAAUGCGAGGAAGAAGAUCUGUUGCUGUUUUUGACAAUUUAUCCGUUGUUAACUACAGAAUUGUUGAAACUUUUUCCAUCGAUCACGAUUUUUGAUUUUGUUGAUGGUAUUUAUAAUGCGAGAAAAUUUGCCGAGAAAGUGAGUUUAUAAUUUUAUUUUUUUAUGAAAAAACUAUUAUUUUUAUUCAUUAUUUUUUAGAUUCCAACAGACGAGCAAGUAAUUCCCGUGGCCAAAAAAGAUGUUCGAUUUUACGCUGCACAUUUGCAUUAUACUAUAAUGUCAGAUCAUUGGACAUAUUUUGAGAGUGGUUUAGGAUUGAUUCGUGGAACUCUUUGUCCUCUCGAUAACAAUGUCAACAACGAUUAUAAAAUCAAGAAGCUCUCACUUAUACAUAGUGUUCCAGUUUCAUCAAUUGAAGAUUAUCAAGUCAGCGGACGCUGUUAUUUCAUUCCUCAAAGAUGUUGCAACAUUAAAACUAGAGAAUUGUUUUAUUAUCCGAAUGACGAUGAUGAUGCCGACGAUGAGCUGGUUUAUCCAAAAAGUGAGAUUUUGUAUUUAAAGAAAAACACCUUGAAAAUUAAUGUUUUUCAGUUGACAUGGUCAGAAAUACCAUAGUUCACGAUUGUAUGCUUGAUGCUAUUUAUGAUCUCAACAAAGAUCCAGACAACGAGGAAACAAUUAGUGUAGCUCUUGGUGAAACUGACAAAGGAGAAUGUUAUGUUUUCCUACGUGUUAAAUAUUUCAAUUAUAUCGAUGGCAAAUUCAGUAUCUGCAAUCGAUUGGACAAUAUCGAUUUCUUCAGUGAGCCUGAACCGAAAAAGGAGGAAACUUGCAUUGAAGAGGUUAAAAUUGAGGAAGAAGUGGCAGAAGAAAAACCGACUGAUUCUAGCGAAGAAGAUGCUGACAGACAAUAUGAGGAAGAUGAUACGGAUGAGUUUUAUGUGAAUUCGCCGGAUAUUGAAGCGGUUCCUCUUGAAUUUGAUGAUCAGCCAGAAUAUCUUCCUGAAAGAUAUCGUGUUGCAGAGAUGAUUAUUGCCAAAAUUGAUACUGAUGAACCAAUUGAAGUUGAUCAGAAUACAGAUGGUUAGAGAAUUUUCAAUUUGUGUAUAAUGAUUUCAAAAAUUUUCAGAGCCAAUCAGCUAUAACAGUGAAGCUGUCUCUGCAAACAUCAAUCGUUUGGUUCGAGCUCUUCGAAAACUUCCAGAAAGAAGAGGAUUGUUUGAAAAAGAAGUGGCUGGUCUUCACGAAAUUGUGCAAACUUCACAAAAUCCGGAUUAUGCUGUACAAUUUGCAGAUGUGUUGCGCGAUCAAAGUUAUGGUUUGCAUCGUCAUCUUGUUGAGGAGAUCUACAAUCAUGCCACAUUUUUUGAUCAAUUACCAUAUUAUUUAUAA